AUGGGGAGACUUCUUACAUGGGCUAAGUAUUGGUAUAACACCUCUUUUCAUGCUUCCAUCCAAAAGAGUCCAUUUGAAGUUGUUUAUGGAAGAUCACCACCCACUUUGGUGAAUUAUGAGAAAUGCACGGCUAGAAAUGAUGAGGUUGAGAAUGAAUUGCUUACAAGAGAUGAGAUCUUGGCAACGCUUCAACCAUAUGGGCAAGCAACCUUAAAGAGGAAGCUUAACUUGAAGCUCUCUAAGAGGUAUUAUGGGCCUUUUAAGGUGUUGGGAAAAUUGGGUGAGGUAGCUUAUAGGUUGGAACUUCCUCCAACCUCCAAACUACACCCGAUUUUUCAUGUGACGGUAUUGAAGAAAAGGAUUGGCGAUCCAAAACUCAUUGUGGAGGAAUUACCAAAAUUUGAUGAAGAGGGCCAAAUGCUUCUACAACCAAGAGAAAGUCCUUGA